ACCUAUUAAUUAUAUAUUAUUAUCUAUAAAUGUAUAUGACGUCUUCAUUUGCCCAAGAAUCAUCCCGAAAGUCUUCUUCAAUCGAUUUCAGUUUGUUUCUUUUCGAUCUACAUUUUCUCGCUCAUUUUCUCUUGGUUUCCUUCUUUCCAACCAAUGGACUCGUUCGCAUCGUUCUUCGACUCCCAAUCGGCUUCAAGGAAUCGCUGGACCUACGACUCCCUCAAGAACUUCCGCCAGAUCUCUCCUGUCGUCCAGGCUCAUCUUAAGCAGGUUUAUUUGACCUUGUGUUGCACACUGGUUGCAUCGGCAGCUGGGGCUUACCUACAUAUCUUAUGGAACAUUGGUGGUCUUCUAACAACAUUUGCAUGCUUGGGAUGUAUGGCGUGGCUACUCUCUGUGCCUCCUUAUGAAGAGCAAAAGAGGGUAGCUCUGUUGAUGGCAGCUGGGCUUUUUGAAGGGGCUUCCAUUGGUCCUCUGAUUGAUUUGGCCAUUAAAAUUGAUCCAAGUGUUCUGAUCACUGCAUUUGUGGGAACUUCGGUGGCAUUUGGUUGUUUCUCGGCAGCCGCUAUGUUGGCAAGGCGUAGAGAGUAUCUUUAUAUAGGUGGUUUGCUAUCAUCUGGCUUGUCCAUCCUUCUCUGGUUGCAGUUUGCAUCUUCUAUCUUUGGGGGAUCUGCGGCCAUCUUUAAGUUUGAGUUGUACUUUGGGCUUUUGGUGUUUGUGGGUUAUGUGGUGGUUGACACUCAGGAUAUCAUUGAGAAGGCUCACCUUGGUGAUCUGGACUAUGUAAAGCAUGCUCUUAAUCUUUUCACUGACUUCGUUGCUGUCUUUGUGCGAAUUCUCGUAAUUAUGUUGAAGAAUUCAGCUGAGAGGGAAGAGAGGAAGAAGAAAAGGAGAAAUUGAGUUUGAGCAGGAGAUUAAUAAUAUGCUGCUGCUUUGAACCCCUGGGCUGCAGUAAAAUACAACUGGUUGUCUAUAGUCCUUUUCUUCUCAGCCUAAUCAAAUGUAACUACUUUGGAACCCUGUAACUACUAGUAGUUAUGUUUGAGGUAUCGUCUGGUUUUGACAAUUCCACAUGUAGGAAGCUUGUAGUACUAUUAUGACAUGGUUUUCAGCCUGCUUCUUGUA